AUGAAUUAUCUUUUUGGCACUGGAGAAACAGCAACUGAAGAGCUGAUGAAACCAGAGGAAUCGACCUAUCCGACUACGGAAGAUGUGGAUUUUGAAGCUUAUGGCAAAGAAAAUAUUCAAAUUCUACUGAAUCGUAAUUCAGGUGAUGAUAAAGUAACGACGUGGGAGAUUGUAGAGGAUACUGACGGUGUCAAGAUUUGGCGUGGAAUGGUCAAGGACUGUGACUGGUGUCCAUUCCGUGCAGCUCGUCGUAUUAACGCUGACAAGCACGUCAUUGAGCAAAUCUUGCUCGAUCCGAAUCGUACCUUGGAGCUGGAUGAGAUGAUGGAGGGCAUUGUGACAUUGCGUGACAUUGGGAAGUCGCAUCACUUGGCCCUGCGCCAGAUCACUAGCAAGGGUCAAUUUCCCAUCUCUGGUCGGGAAUUUCUUGUGGUCACGUACGCCACGACGCUUGAGGAUGGACGUAUCAUCAUUGCUACGCGCUCUGUUGAUGUGGCGGAUAUUGUCCCUCUUGAAGGAUAUGUCCGUGCCAACAACUACAUUUCGGGCUACAUUAUUGAAGAAGUCAAGGAGCCCAACGGUAAGGUAUACUGCGUCGUGACUCUCAUCGCACAUGCUGACCUGGCUGGACACAUCCCACCAAGCAUCAUCAACAGGCUGGGUACGUCCUCGACUGUCAAGGUUCUUGAGAAGUUGGCUAGCAUUGUGACCACCAAGUAG